GAAUGCGUAGCUGUACCAUACUGAAAAUAUACUACAGUAUUUGCGAUGCUGUUCAACAAGGCCCUUGCGGAACACCAUCGAAGAAAGGAACUGUCGCAGCUUGAGCAAGACACGGCCACACGUGCCGCGCUAGCGGCGGUGCCCCGGCUGGCGAGUGCGCUGGUGGACGUCGCGAACGCAGACGUAUCCCAGAUCUACGAGCUACAGCUGGAGAUUGAGGCUGAGAGCCGCGCGGUGCGGGCGGAGGUGGCGGCGCUGGAGCGCAACCUGACGGCGGUGGCGGGCGCGGUGCGGCACGUGAGUGAGGCGCUCAAACAGCUCGGCGACUUUGAGAACUACGUGGAGGUGUUGGAGGAGAAGGUGGACCGAGUGACCGGCGCCCUGUUGGCGGCGCGGCAGCAGCAGCAGCAGCAGCAGCAGCAACAACAACAACAACAACAACAACAACAACAACAACAACAACAACAGGAGCCGCAGGCACCGCGCCACAGCGCCGCCUCCGCCACCGACCUGUCCACCGCGGUGCCGCCGCCGCUGGGCGCCAUCGCCGAGGCCAUCCGGGUCCAGGCGCGGCGGCACUCGGGCCUGCGCCGCUGCGCCGCCCGCCUGCUGUACGACCUGGCGGCGGUGCUGGGGGCCGGGGCCGGGGCCUGGGCGGAGGAUGCGGGUGCGGGUGCAGGCACGCCGGCGGCGGCGGCACCGGCGGCGACACACACAGCAGUGCCAGUAGCAGGAGAGGCACACGCACCGGUAGCGGCGGGUGCUACAGUUGCUACAGCCCCGCAUACGUGCCAGGGGCCGUUGCGCCCGGCCUUCCUGUUGGACUACUGCGCCGUGUCGGGCGGCGGCAGCGGCGGCGGCGGCGGCGGCGGCGGGGUGCCGCUGGAUGCGGUGAUGGCGGUGGUACGGGCGGCGGCGGCGGCGGCGGGGACGCAAGUGGCUGUGCUGACGCUCAACGGCUGUCACAUGGUGGGCCGGGUGGACGCACUGCGCCGCCACCUGGCGGCUGUAGCAGCGUCGGCGCAAGCGGCUGUAGCAGCCUCGGCGCAGGCGGCUGUAGCAGGCCACAAGAAGGCCGGUGAGGCAGUAGCAUCACUUGAGGAGCAGCCGGCAGUAGCAGCACUUGCAGCAUGCCCGCCAAUCUUCGUGGACUUCUGUGGCAGCAGCAGCUGCGGCGGCGGCGGCGGUGGUGGUGGCGGCCGCAAUGGCGGCGGGACACGGAGCAGCUUGCCCGGGCCUCGGUUGCUGUCGCCGGCGGAGGUGCAGGCCCUGGUCGGGCAGCUGGAGCCGCUGGCCACAGCAUUGGCCGAGGCGGCUGCAGCUGCACCCGCGGCAGCAGCAGCCGUCGCAGGAUCGACAGCGCCAGUGGCUCCAGCCGUUGCCGGCGGUGGCGGUGUUGUGGUGCAGCUGUGCCUAGACGCCGCCGGAGGCGGCAGCAAGGGCGGCGGCGGAGCCGCCGGCACCGCCUCCUCAUCCUGGUAUUGCGCUCGUGUGCGCGGCUCCGGCCGGCUGCCGCUGCAGCCCACGCUUCAGGGCCUGCUGCUGGGCUACCCUCUGGUGUACGUGGUGCACAGCCGGCAGGAGGCGGAGGCGGCCUCGCGCGUGCUGGCGGCGGCGGGGCUGCGACUGCACCGCGCGUUGGCGCCGCCGGCGCCUGGCGGGCCGCUGGCGGCGGCGCUGGCGGCGCUGGAGGCGGCACUCGGGGGCGAGGGAGCGGCCGGGGCGGCGGCGGCAGGCGGAGGACAGGCUGGGGAAGGCCCGGCAGGAGGUGGGGUUGGCGGCGGCGGCGGCGGUGGUGGUGGGAGGAGGAAGAAGAAGGGUGGUGGUAUGGCGGCCGUGCUGGCGGCCCUGGCGGCGGAUGACGACGCGGAUGGGGCGGCUGGGGAUACCGAUGCGGGCGAGGGUGAGGGGCGGCAGACUGGAGCGGGCGGGGCAAGUGGAGGGGGUGGCGUGGGGCCUGUUGGCCGCUCAGCUGGGCCGCGGCCACCCCCGGACCGCGACCUCGCCUGCCUGUGUGCGUUCUCGGUGCCGCGAGACCUGGCGGCGGCGCAGCCGGAGGCGGUGGCGGCGGCGGUGCGGGGCUGGAGCGCGGUGCUGGCGGCGGCGACGGGCGCGGCGGGAGUUGGGCCAGGCUGUGAGGAGGCGGCGGUGGUGGACUGGGGUCGUGGCGGAGGGCGGUGGUGGAGUGGGAGCUGGCUGGAGGCGGAGGAGCACGCCACGCCGUGUGUUGUGCUGUAGAGGUGUUGCGGUGCAUUCGCUGCAAUGCAGGGAUCUUGCUUCUUCAGGCCUGUCGUUGCUGGCCGCCCUUGCACCCCUCAGGCCCUUCGCAUUCCCAGCAACCCAGGGGCCAGGCAGCAUACCAGCCCCAUCAACACAUAGGGUGUGCGUCACGCACGGUCUUGUGCGCGGCGGCCAGAGGCCACGGCAGAUAGAUGACUUGCGUGGCUGGUCCAGCACGUUUCCCAGUGCCGCACGGCACCAGCUGAUGUACUCUUAUCAUUGACCGGA